AUGUCUGACUUUAUAGUAUACCUCUUGCAGAGUAUCUUGAUCAUCUUCCGCUGGAUGGCACCGCAGGAGGAGGCUUAUCGCGAUGCUUGUAGGCCAAGGCUAGCGCCAUGGAUCCCGGCAAGUCUCUCGACCUUUGAUUCGCCGCCCUUACUGGAACAGAUCAUCACAGCAUUGGAAAGACACCUCUAUUUGACACUCCUUGUUUUCAGUUCCUUGUCCUGGGUUAAUAGUUUUUACUCUUACCAAUUCUCUUCGGACCUUGCGAUGACUUCGACUGUAGGUGCCUUGCUUUUGCAGCAUCCAACCAACCCUGUUGAAGAAACAGGUCAGUCAUCAAGCACCAACAAGGCUUGGGCCCAAAGUUAUCAUCCGAUUAAGAAUUACAUCGUCCAUACUAUUAGUCGGGAAGGCGUUUGGUACGCUGAUUAUGACACUGCCUUUUUUCCAUUGUACCAUGAUGAUGAGGUGCGAUUGCAGCUGCCAGCGAAUCCUCCGAAUGAAAGGGCUUGGCGGCUCGAGACGGAAUCAGACGCUGAGCUUUGGUUCCAUACCGAGAUAUCGAAUAUCGUCCUGGCCGGCUGGAGUCGUUAUCCAACAAUAGUCCAAAACUCGCACAUAAAGGCUUUAUCAGGGCGGAAUAAUCCUGAAGAAGUGGACGCUACUUAUGCGUAUAGGUCAGAGGUUGAACAGGUACCCCUCGUGAUAGGUGAGAUGAAGAGACGUAUGAUUACCACUCGUGUAUGGCAAAAAGGGGAAACACUGAGCGGACCUCAGCAGCGUUUAUCUCGGGAACUUCGAGGAUACGCGCACAAAUAUCAUUGCCCGCAGGUAUUCUGCUUUGACGGACAGGUUCUUCUCCUACUCCAAUUCUGCGCGACGACUCGGCGGGAGAUAGCGGAUGAAAAUUGCAACGUUGACUGCUGGGUGAUUCCAAGGGGGUGCGGCAUUCCGCUUAGGAUGGCAUUUUACCGGCUCCUUGUGCAAGGACUUCGACGAUUUCAGGGGAUGCGAGCUGUCGCGGAGUUUUCAUGUUCCCUCCGCCAGUUCUACAACGGUCGGCCCCUGUGGGAUGUCCCUGGUACUAGGCAGUAUACCUCGACUCCCCCAUAUGACUACCGGCGAUCUGUCGAUGGCGCUACAGGAUGUUUAAUCUGGGUGAAUUCAGAGGGCACCGACUUCUUUGCAGAGUCGACGGCUAUUUGGACACUAGACAGUUGA